AUGACGAGCACACUCAACCCUUUCGGCUUGGCGCUUCAGAAUAUCUCCCUGAGCCUUUCCGACGAUUUUGACAGCGAAAACAAGAAAUUUGAUGGCUAUGGUUGGGAUCGAGACCUCAGUGUUCACAGCAAGACAGAGGAGUACGUCACAUACCUGUUCCAAACUGAGCUAUCUUCUGCGCUGUGGCCUUCGGCGAAUCAGAAGACGUCCCUGACUCUGCAUAAUGCGAGACCAGAAGAAUUUGAAGCUAAGCUGGCCGACACUAUGGUAUACGAACUGCCAAGGGAGACGGUUGACGACGAUGAGUGGAUGGGACAGAUGUUGUUGGCGAUGGACUUGGAGAUGGCAAACCACAUCAUAGAGCUAGAUUCUCUGAUGAGGCUUGACGACGUCACAGCCGAUAAGCGACCCACUGCUAAACCUUGGAAGAUCUGCCUCACAAAUCUGGCGCCGAUCCCAAGCGACGUCGAUAUCUGCCGAGCCGCCCUCACUGCCUACUCCUGUAGCCGAGACCGACAUUCCCAACGACUAGCUCAACUGUUCAGAAAAUGGUGGCAUGGGGUCGUCAGCUUUGAGGGACCGGCAAAAUGCGAAUGCUGCGAGGUCUUUGGGAAGGGGCAUCCUAGAAUCACUGUCUAAUGGUUCCUACAGUGCACGAGGGAACCCAGAGGAACCCAAUUGUGAUGUGAUGUACGACCCGGAAAAAUCAUAACGCACGAGUUCUUCGCACCUGCAUAUCUACCCACUCUUUCAUCGCCCCACUCAGACAUACUAUCAAACCAACGCUACCCAUAUCACCCAUCAUCAUAUCAUUCGGCAUUCCCCUCCACCAUCUGGCUCGACACCAUCCUUGAUUGAUGACGACCGUACUUUCCGAGAGGCACUGCAGGAAGGCGAGGAGAGCCUACUUGUUUCUUGCCAGGGUUAUUGCGAGGGAGAAGAGGUCUGGAUAACAGUAUCGUUGAAAAAGAGAUGAUGGUUCGGGGCUCCGAAGGUGGGGUGAUGG